UUUAUUAUUGAGUUCAACAAGAAGGUUGUGAAUAAAGUUAUUUAUUAUUCACUAUGUUAAUUUAAUCACACUUAUUUCUUCCAAAACAUAGACAAAGAAAAUGGUUCCAUGGAAUUCAUUUCCCUUACAAAUAAUCUAUCAAAUAUUUGGUUGGUUAGCUUUUCUUUCAUGGUCUCUUGCUGGCUACCCUCAACUCAUCUCAAAUUUUCGUAGAAAAAGUGUGGUGGGGUUAAGCUUAGAUUAUACAAUCUUGAACUUUACUAAACAUUGGUCGUAUCUCAUAUACAACGCUUCCCUCUUCUUUAGUCCAGUUAUUCAGAAACAGUACUUUGAGAAAUAUGGUUAUGGACAGAUGAUACCUGUGGCUGCUAAUGAUGUUGCUUUCUCCACUCAUGCAGUUAUAAUCAAUCUGAUUGUAAUAUCUCAAUUUGCAAUCUAUGGACAAGGAACUCAGAAGUUAUCCAAAUAUGUGAUUGCAAUAGUUGCUGUUGUAUGGUUAAGUGCUGCUGUUUGUUUUUUCAUAGCAUUACCAACCCAAUCUUGGCUUUGGCUAAUCUCCAUUUUCAACUCAAUUCAAGUCUGUAUGACCCUCAUCAAAUAUUGUCCCCAGGCAUUCAUGAAUUUCUUGAGAAAGAGCACAGAUGGAUUUAGCAUUGGCAAUGUUCUCCUUGAUUUUUCAGGAGGGAUAUUUAAUUAUUCACAAAUGGUUGUACAAUCCAUAGAUCAAGAUUCAUUGGUGAAUUUCUAUGGAAACAUAGGUAAAGUAAUGAUAUCUUUGGUAACUAUAUUCUAUGAUUCAAUUUUAAUGUUUCAACAUUAUAUACUAUAUUCUCACAAGAAAGUGUCAAUUACUUCUGAAAAUUCUGAAGAAAUCCAGAAACCACUAAUGUACUCAAGUUCAUCAGAUCAACAAAUCCAUGAUUCAGUGUGAAUUUUAUCAUCCUCUACCAGAAGUUGGAGGUUCUUAAAGCAUGUAGUGUACAAAACCAAAAUGAAUCAAUAUACCUUGUGUAAUUAAUGCUUGUCUGAAUAUUUUUAACAAAUAAAAUCAUCUUGUAUAUAUCAUUUUAA